AUGAAGGUCUUUGGCAUGCUCGUUCUUCCCGCCCUUGCCCUUGGCGCUGCUACACCCAAGGCUACGGAUGAGGCUCAGGUUCACACUCUCGACCUUGGCUGUCUUGGGGCUGCCCCUAACAUCCUUGACUGCGUUGGGAAGAUUACCCAGGUCGAUCCCCUCGAAGCGACCGAAUGUGUUACCAACUUCGUAACUGGUAUCAUCAAGUGCGUUCCUGGUCUUGGCAGCCUUACCGAUAUUCCUGGUUUUCCCAAUCUGCCUGCUGGCACUGGCACUGCUGGUCAGCCUACUGGUACUCCUGCCACUCCCGUCAUCCCUUCGCUUCCUGCUAUCCCUGGGCUCUUUUAA